UUUUUUUUUGGUUAGGAAGCAAAAGCAAACAUCGGAUCGAGGACGUGAUCGAGUGUUUGCAUUUCUUGUGAUAAGCUUCGCACGAAGUGGCGCCCUCUCCGAUCUGCCGAAGCUAGUGUUGCGCAUGGGAACAACGCAACGUGGGGCCCUCGUCAUCAGCUCUGUUGGUACCGUCUGCAUCCUCUAACCCGGAUCCUCAUGACUCUUCUCCUUAAGCCGGUAGGAUCAGGCAACUCGCUCACCGAGUCUCGAGCGGAAUACAUCCAAAACGCAGCCUGUCGCCAGCGUCUCUCCAAGAUGAAGUCCGCUGCCGCGCCAAUACGGCCGCCGGCGUCGCCCUUCAUCGAGCGCCUCCCCAACGAGCUCCUUGUUCACAUCCUCGGAUUUCUCGACUCACCUUCAAAUAUCCAGGAGAAUUUGUGUGAGGACCCCACGAAGAUCACCCGGCCUGUCGACAGCGGCAUUGGCAACGGAAUCGACACCCCCAUCAAGAACGCCUCCCUGGUUUGCCGCCUCUGGAGACGAUCGGGUUUGCAGCUCCUCUUCCGCCAUGUCGUCUGGUCCUUCCAGCGCUUCUACAAACCGACCGACGGCGACAUCGCCUCCCACAUCGAAGUUUUAGACUUCCUACAACGUAACGGUCUAUCGAAGGAUGUAGAGAGCUUCACCAUCCUCAUAGACCCUCCAAAGGGGACGGGAAAUUCCAGAUAUGCUGACGGGGAGUUUUGGGGCCUCUUACCUCCAGAAAAGAGCCCUCUGCAACCACCAAUGUCUUUUAAUCUCCUUUGGUCGGUCCUUUCUCAACCACCGCAGGCUUCAUUGACGGACCGUCCCCGCUCAGCAGAUGGGCCGGAUGCAAGGGAAGCAGAUGCAGCGACUCGGCCAUACUGGGACAACAACUGGCUCUGGCAUACCAUCUUUGGGCAGCUCGAUCCACUCCGAAUCACGUUGAUUAGUUCGGCAGAUAUCCUCUCCUCGCUUCUGAGCCGCAGUGUGGACCUGACAAGUGAGUGGGCUUUCAAUAGUCACUGUCAUAUCGUGUCAUUGUCGCGGACAUCACGCUUCCUCCCACACCAAGGCGAUGGAGCCGCCCUUGCUCCUUUACCUUCAAAUAGCCAAGGCCCACCAGGGAGCCCAGUCCCUAGUGAUUUAUUCAGCAUUCGAGAUUGGACAUCGCUCCUCGUUAACGAAGGAUCCUUCAUCCCCGUCUACUCAGCUUACGAGUUCUUCCACUACUCGGCCCCAACUCUCCUACCCGUCAUCUUGAACCCCGCCGACUCGUCAUUCAACCGUCUUCAGAAGACCCUCCGCUCGUUCUCAUACAUCGGGAUCUUUCCGCUCUCUCGCCACAUUCGAGACGUCGUCCUUCCUUACUGCCCCCCAGUCGAGCACCUAUUUAUCCAACUUAUGCCCACAGCAAUCGACUUUUGGGACAGCGGCCGCUUUUCGCACAUUGAUAUUACUGACUUGUGGCUUGAGUGUGACACCGCAUAUUCCCUAGUGAUGCGCGAGGUCUUUGACCGCGAGGUGGAGUCAGAUUGGAAGAAGCUCCGAGUGUUUGAGAGCGGUGAUGCGUCCACCGAGGAAGCAUGGAAUAUGGCAAUGCAGUAUGUCCAAGUGCACGGGCUUAAUGGGUGGAGGAUGAAAAGGGAAGGAUACUUCGUGAGGGAGGCAGGGCGGGCAUAAGGCGUUUGGGGCCAGGGUUCAGAUAUCUCAGCUUAAGAAGCCCCGUUGGCUAAGUGGUAUAGCGUGUCACUAGUAAUGACAAGAUCACUGG